CCAUAUUUUGGCUUCUCAUCCAAUCUCAAAGCAAAUCAAUUUACCAUAUAUUCUCUUUUCUUCUCUCAUUUCAUCAGCCAUGGCAUCAUCAGUAAGAAGAUCUUUGAUGACAGCAUUGCUUGUUGCUGUGAUCACCAUGUCAAGCAUGAGCAUAAGCCUAGCAGCUCGCAAUCUUUUGCAAACAAGUGUUCCAAAUUUGCCUGGAAACAUUCCCAAUCUGCCAAAACCAACAGCAUUGCCACCAUUGCCUACAAUUCCAACACUGCCUUCAAUUCAGGGCAAUAAUGUUCCACCAUUGCCAACUAUUCCAACUCUUCCACAACCAUCAACUACCCUGCCUCCACUUCCAAGCAUAAGCAUCCCUAAGAUCCCAACCGUCCCACAGAUGAACCUUCCCCCGUUGCCGGCCACUUCACUUCCAAACUUUCCCUCAAUCCCAACAACUAUGCCCUCCAUUCCUUUCUUCUCCCCUCCACCUUCACCCUCUGGCAAUUAAAAGCUUUCUCUUGGUGGUUUAUUAUGCAUGCAAUGGAUAUUAUGUUAGCUUGAUUUCAUAUACGUACGCUUGUGUGUGAGAGAGAGUUUUAUGAUUGAUGUUAUCAUUAUUUCUUCUUUGUAGUUUGGUGUGAGAACAUUGUACUAUUUAUUUUCCAGUUCAUGAAUUUAUUGGUAUUGCUUGUACUUUUUUCAUACAUUAUUUAUAGAUUGUGACUUAUUAUACAA